AUGUCUGCAGACCACCAAUACCAACAAGCCGGGCAGGAAAUCAACAGAGAGGGAGAAGCAGGUGUAGGAGACGACCUCAGCAACAUGAGAAGUCUGUACCAAACAAUAAACGACGACAAGGAUAUCAUGACGUCCUCGGGACUGCCGCCGGGAAAAGACAACAUUCAGCAUUCUCUCAACAUUCUGCGAGCAGCACAAAGCCAUCUGAAAGAAACCGGCUCCGUCAAGGGAGUCUACUCCUCUUCAGGCUUCGACAUCGUGUCACUACUAUACCAGGUUAUCAACCGAAAGAACCCGCAGGUCGAUAUCGGACCGGUUGAUCUCUCAUGCUCUUUCCUUGUCACCGAUGUCUCCACCGACGACAACCACAUUGUGUACAUGAGCGGCGCAUUUGAGCAGCUCACAGGUUACCCUGAGGCAUAUAUCAUCAACCAAAAUUGCCGAUUCCUACAGAAUCCCCAGGGCGCACCACGACCCGCCGAAGCAGGUUUCACCGAUGCUGCCUCCGUCUUCGCUCUUCGAAAGGCCAUCACAAACGGGAACGAGGUCCAGGUCCCAUUACUCAACUACAAGCGAGGAGGCGAGUCCUUCGUCAACAUGGUUACUUGCAUCCCUCUGUUCCUCGACAAGGCCGACAAGGAUCGAGUCACCCACUUCAUCGGUUUCCAGAUGGACCUCAACCAGUACCCGGACGCCAUUCUGCAGCGAAUGCUCAACCGAAGUUACACCAUGAAUUACCGUCUGUCUUCAAUUCCCCGACAACCGCGAGUCAUUAAACCCGCCUCGCCUGCAGGCGUGGAUAUCAUGUCUACCAUCACAUCCACAGAUCCUCUAUCCACCGAGGAGCUGGUGCAGCGAUUCCUUUACCAUACCUCCGCAGAUACCAUCAUGACUGUGUCGCUCAAGGGCCAGAUCGUGCAGGUUUCACCUGCCGUGUACGCCCAACUCGAAUACACCCCCGAGGAGGUCGUUGGACUGUCUCUGGCAGACUUCAUCCACCCUUCCGACGUCACUGUGGUUCUUCGAGAGCUGCGAGAGAUUCCCGUCACCAAGACACUCUCUACAUUAUUCCGAAUCCGAACCAAGCGAUCGGGAUACAUCUGGAUGGAUGCCCAUGGAAAGAUUAACGGCGGUUUCAAGCGAAUGACUCACUGUGUGGUUUUCACAUUGCGACACCGACCCGUAUCCGGACUGCCCCUCAAGGUUGUUCUAGAGUCUUUCGACAAGAACGUUAUUGACACUAAGCCCAACAGCGAGGCUCUCGACAUGGACCCCUCUCCUUCUUCUUCCGAGGGAGCCACAGCUAUCGGAAACUUCAAGCGAAAGAAGUUUUCUGUGCUGCCUAAGGAAUCUAUUAUGCCCAUGGACCUGUGGCUUCGAGUCUCUCACAACGGACUGAUUCUAUACACAGCCCGUACAGUCCAGUACCUGUAUGGAUACAAAGACAUGACCAGUCAGCGACUCCAGACCUUCCUGGAGGAUGGCCCAGCUUGGGACGAGCUCAUGGAAGUGGUUGGUUCUACUAGACGUAUCACCACCGCCUUCCUGCGUCUCAAGAAUGCCUCUGGCUUCUCAGUCAUCUCUCGAGCGAUCAUCUAUCCUGGCGAGAUCUUUGGCGGCAAGCUGGUCGACGCUUCUGUACAACUCACCCCUCUUUCAGAGUCUUCGGCUCCUCUGAUUGAGAAGAUGGGUCUACAGAAGUUUGGCAACAUCAAGUACAAGCACGGUCCCUGCCAAGAAGCCUUUUCCCUCCACCAGGACUCUAUCAUCGGUAAGCGACAGGAGAGUGUCGAGCCGGAACACGCACCUAAACGAGGCCCCAGCAGUGUUUCUUCCGCCUCCACGACCUCUUCUGCCGCCGCAGCAGCACAUGUCCCCUCCCCUCCUUCUGCAUCUUCUCAAGCCUCCAAUGCUGCUGCUACCAUGAUUACUCCCCAAGGUUCUUCCGUUGGUCGUUCUUCUGCCUCUGCGUCUUCUGCCGACUCAGACUCUUUCUAUAGGACUACCGAUGCAAACCUGUUAUCCAUGGUUGGUCCUUCGCGAGUCAACGGCUGGCAGUUUGAGCACAACCAGCUGCAAGUUGGCAACAAGAAGCUGGCCGAACAGCUUCUUUCUCGAGUUUCUGUCAAAUAA